CGGUCAAAACCUUUUUAAAGGCAUGGGAGUCACAUGUGUUCUGAAGGCAGCCAAAAAAGAAUACUCUGUCAUUGGACGGAUUAGCAAAUUUCCCAAGAAGAUUGGUUUCAAAUACUCUCCUUCCAUACUUGUGAAAGAAAAUAACAUAGUCAAACUUGAUGCACAAUCGGAAUUGAACUAUGACGGAAAGAGCAAAGUAGUGGGGAUGUUUAAGCUUGAUAAAAUCCUUGCAAAUCCGAUUCAUACCUCUUUUAUAGCAGCUCUAAACACUGGCAAAAACAAGAACAAACAACUCUUCAAAUUGACUGCAAAAACGAAAUGCAUCAUCUCCAAGAUUAACAUUGAGGUUGAAAAAAGAAAUGCUGGUAUAUUGAGCCGUAUGCUUGUGUCUUAUGCAUCUCCGUCCUGUAAACCCAAAUGGAGUGAACAAUUUCUUCUCACCACAAAGGCACGAGUUGUCAAAAGCAAAAAUGCUAAAAUCUACUAUGGAAGUGCAGUCUUUUCAGAUAAGAAUAAUAAAAACAGAGGCUUCACUGCUAAGGGUAAAUUGACCAAAACUCCAGGACAUUAUGAUGUUAACGGUGACUUCACCUAUGGUAACCCAAAAGACAAAGCAACCAACAACGUGAAAUUUAACGCCGCUGUUAACUACAAAAUAAAACCUAUUGCACGGGAGUUCAGCUUUUUUGUGUCAGCUAAAAGCCCCAAAAAGAUCAACUACCAAAUGAACGGGACACUUUUCUACACUCACAUCUGGCCACUGAGGAAAGUAGACAUUUCUACUGCAAUGCAACUUUCAAAUAAAGUAAGCAAAGCUGGUAUAUUUUACAGCAAUGUCAAAGUUAAGGGUCUUCAGAAAACUGAGGGAAAAGUUUCUCUGGAUACUCCUCACAGAGACAUGGGAAUAGAAGUAAAAAUUGACCAGCUUACCAGCAGUACUUAUAACAGUAGUGCUUCUGUGCAAUGGCAGAAAGGACGAAGUGCCAGUAUAGAAACUAUGUUGAAAAAUACCCCUCAGGUUUCCCAUAUAGAAAACACUGUUAAGUUUCCCAACAACAAAAAUGUUAAACUGAUAGUCACUGUCAAUAAGAGUAACAACAAUUAUAAUGGUUUUUCUAUGCUUCAUGCUGAUGAAGGCACCUUAAGCAACCAAAAAAUUGAUUUGAAAGCUAAAUCUAAAUAUAACAGGAAUGGAGCAGAUACAACCGGAGAGGUGAAUUUGGAACUAGAAUCAGAUGCAUCCAAAAAGUUUAAGUUUACAGCAAGCCGUCAUAAUACCAAUGGGCAAAAGACGACCACCGAAAUAGACUUAGCAACACCAUUUGAAGCUCUUAAAAGUUACUCUGACAGUAUUGAACAAACAGUCGAUAAUAAACAAUUAUCUUAUAGAAGAAAAAUACAAUGGAGGAGCAACGGAAAUGAAAAUGAUAUUCAAACUGACCUGAAUUACAACUGGGCAAUCCAAGAAUUUGAUUGCAAUUAUCACUCAUCAAUAAAUAGCAUCCCAACUGAUAUGGAACUAUUAUUUAAAAAUAGUGCAAACAAGAAAAGUGCCCUGUUCAAAGUGAACCACAACAAACCAAAUCCUCUUAUUUUUAUAAAAAUGGAUCAUGCUAGAGAUAGGCGUCAGGUAACAACAGAUGCAAGCCUCAUGUUUGAUAUGUAUAAUUCUAAUGGAAAUGUCAAGUUUGCCAUGCAGAAAGAUGACAGAGAAAUUACUUUUAGCGGAGAUGUUAAUGUUAAAAUUUCUAAUCACAGACUUGAAAGUACAUAUUCAUUGAAACAUAACGAUGCUGAAUCUUCAAUUAAGCUCAAUUAUACCAGCAAUCUCCAUAAAAAUAGAAACCAAGGAUCAAUAUCAACUGUUGUUACCAAGAACUUGCCUGGAAAUGUGAAAGCUGAUGUCUCUGUGACACUUAACAACAAACCACAACUGAAGAUGGUUGUCAACUCUGUCUGGUCGAAAGGGAAUGUAGAUGUGAAUGUAGAAGUGACAGACCAUAAUGCUAAAAUGAUCGCUGGUUCCUUUAACCUCAAUCUGUCUGGUACAAGGAAGACAUCUCAUGCUGAAAUUAAAUCAGAUUCCACUGAUAUCACAUUCAGUGCAGCUGUUGAUUUCCAAUCUGAUCACAAUAUUGAUAGCGAAUUGCAAAUGGGAUAUAACGGAAAGAACCUGCUGUUAUCUGGAAACUAUAAGAAAGAAUCAUCUAAUCAUAAAAUAAAUGCUAAUUUCGGACUUCCUGACGGCAGACAAAUUAAGAUGCAAACGUCUUUUAACAACGCUGCAAAGAAAUCAUUCUCUUUCAAUGUAGAGAGCGAAGAUUUUAUGGACAUGGUCUUUUCUGUUCAGCAAGACAAUAAGAACUUUAUGGUAGAUGCAUCAGUCAAAGUAUUGCCAUAUUUGGAAAAAACACAGUUGAAAGCCAGUUUGACCAGAGAUAAAAUGUUGGAGGCUUCAGCUGAACUGGAAACACCGUUUGAAUCUAUAAAACAGGCGAAAGCAAUUGUGUCAUUGGAAAUUGAUGGAAAAAAACAAGACACAAUCAACGUUAAGACCUUCCUGAACUCUAAGAAAUUCUCCAGUUUCAAGCUUGUUUACAAUAUUAGAAGUUUAAAAGAUUUCAGUGUGAAGAUAACCGUUAGCACGUUACACAGGAAGUACAAUGAGUUCUUGUUUGAUAUCACACACAGAGGAGACUGGAUGAAUUUUGAUUCUAAUGUAGAGAUGAAGGCGGGCAAUAUAUUCAUGCUUAAGUCCACUUGGAAGAAUGGCCAACAUAACACAGAUCUUGAUUUCAGUGCGACUGUGCGUGAUAGAACUUGGGUGUUUCAGCUUGUUAAAAGUAACUCAGAAUUGACAUCCAACGUAACCUACAAAAUAAGACAGAAGGACCAGUAUACAGCUCAUAUGAAGUUAAAUGGCAAGCAAGGCAGUUUACAACUCACAGCUCCAGGAGAUAAGAAAUUUAAUGCUGACAUGACCAUCAAUCCAAAUGAUCACGUGGCCAAACUUGACUUGAAACUUUCCAUUCCGUCCGACGCCAGUGAACUGAUGUUGACCUUCUCAGGUACUUUGGCGUCAUUCAACUUCCAAGCUGAUUUCACUCACAACACUGACAAAUACAUAGUCACUGUAUCCAACAAAGAUAAACUAUUGGAAGUCACUGUCGCAACUCCUUUGAUAAAUUCAAAAAUGGACUUAACAAAGAACGGAGGUUGGGACAUGUUCACAAUGAACCUUGAAGCCAAAUAUCACAACAUUGAAAAGCAGUUAAUUCUUUCCGUAGUAAAAGACCAUAAAAAGAUUAAUGUUGAUCUCAGUGCUCCUGCAUGUGAAAUACAGUUCCAUUGGGAUAACAACAAUAUUGAAAAUGGAAUGGUGAGUAUUUCACUGAAAAAAUUCAAGUUUGAAGUGGUCUAUACUGACAAGGAUGCCAAGCCAAAGACUUUAUCUUUGACCUUCUCCACACCAAAACACAAUCUUGUUAUGAAGAUGAGUAUUGAUGUCAAGAAAAAUGGCAUUGAUGGGAACGUUUUAACCACUUACAAUGAGAAGAAACUUAAUCUAGAUGGUUCCUAUAAAACCGUGGAUCAAAAGAAGAUUUUCAAAGGAAAGAUGGAGACUCCAACUUCCACUUAUGAUUUAACAGGUACACUUACUGGUAAAUUGAAGAAGUUCAAAAUUACAAUCAAAUUGCAGCACGACAAGGAUGCCUAUGAAUUAACAAUGUCAAACAAAGCUUUCAAGACAUUAAACCUGAACAUGUGUGCACCAGGUUUCAAAUUGAAGAUGGACUUUGAAGGAGAACUGCAGAAAUUUAAGUUUUUCACGAGUAUGAACAUUGGCAAAAAGCAAUUCAAAGGUGUGAUUUCCAAUGAAAACUAUUGGAAAGGUUUCAAUGCUGACAUUACAGCUGACUUGGCAAAUUUUGAAAUGAAAUGGGAAUUUGACAGUGACAUGAGAAAAAUGCUUCUCAGCACCCAGUUACAAGGGAAACAAAAUAAAUAUUCAUUAAGUUCAUCUAUAAACAUUGAUACUCACUCAUACUCAUUGUCUAUCAUGUUGCCAUGGUUCAUUUUGAAGGCAAAUAUUAUGAAUGGUUUCCAAUCAUCCAAUAUGGAAACCAAGCUGGUAUUUAGCCAUGGCACUUAUGAAUUAACUGCUUUCCAGGAUAGUAAUAGCUUCAAUAUGACCGCCACUCGACAGGGUAAGCAAAAACUUGACAUCCUAGUGACUAAGACGUCUGCCAUGUUGCGUUUCCAGAAUAAAAAUGACAUCCACGAAUAUCAUUUUACUUUUAACAAGGCAGGAGUUUCAGUUAACCUUUCUUCUUUUGGCAACACAGCUGAAGGGAAUGUAAAGUUUAAUGACAACAUGAAUGAAUUUUCUAUCAAUGCCCAGCUACUGAACAAGGGAAACACUUACAAACUGGAAGCCUCAAAUGACAAAUACAAACAAAUUAAAUUCCAUACAAUCAUGCCUAAUGGUAAAGUGCUUCUCUUCCUGUUCGAUAAUACCGGCAAUUCGAAAGAUGGUAAAAUCCGAGCAACAGUUAAGUAUAAUAAAUUCAAUAGUGAGCUCAAUCUUAGAUGGUUAGAUGAUAAAAGCAAUGCUGUAUUCCGUAUAGAAUUAAAGGCUUCUUCAGAGAAGACAAGAGCCAUCUUCAAUUAUAAACUACAAUUUGAGCCUGUAAUGGAAAUACUUGUUACCUCACUUGAUAUCACCAUUAACAACAGAAAGAGUUCAAUAAUAUCAACUAUACGUCUGUCAAAUGGUGUGGAUGGUUCCAUUGUACUUGAUGAUCCUUAUACUGGUCGUGCUGAGCUGACGUUCAAGAUCAAGCCAUGGGAUAUGAACAACUUUAAAUCAAAUUGGGUGCUCAACUAUAAUCUGACAGGAAAUGUCACCAUUACAUACGAACAUUCUUUGACAGAAACCUCUUUCAAGAGCAUUGGUAAUCUCGAAAGUGGCAAUAACAAACUUGCAAAUUAUAAGAUGGAAGUAAACUUCCAAGAUCGUAACUAUGGUUUCAAGGCAGAUCUUAAAAAUGGAAAAUAUAAUAUCAACUGUAAAGGGUCUUUUAAAGAUGGCCAGAAGGAUAUCAACAUUCAGGUGAAAACUCCAUACAGAUAUCUGAGAGAUGUGACUUUUUCAGCUGAAUUAUACUCAAACAGAAUGCUCAAAGUUAGUGCCACCUUCCCUAGACAGUUCUAUGCAGCCAAGAUGGACUGGAAAAGUGACAGUCUUACUACCGAGAUUGACUUACACAUGGAUCGCGUGGACAAACUGAAGCAAUUUAAGAUUAUCUUGUUCUAUGUGAAUGCUGAUGAAAGAGCUACUGUCUCCAGACAUACCACCUUCACACUGAUCCAGGGCGAUACUGUUUUGACUACAAAAAUCAACUGGAAGAAAUCACAUAACAUGUAUAUGUCUAAGGGAGAAUUUAGUUGGGGAGAAGCAGAUGACCAGAAAGUCGGUGCUGAGCUUCGUAUAAAGACAGCCGAGAAGAAAGAAGUGUCCCUCAUUUUGAUGUCACAUCAUCGUAACUCUGUCGUGACCUGCAGUCAAGAAUCUGGUCGGGACCGACGCAACAUCAUGUGUGCACUGACGCCGGAUGCUAGCAAGAAAAAUAACAAGAUUGGAAUCAAUGCUGACAUAUUCAAUUACGACAAUAAAAAGAUAUUUGACAUCACCAUCAAAUUACCCAAUCAGAAAAAUAGCUUGAAACUGAAAACGGUUAUCAAUGGACCUAACGGAGACUCCCUGGGCAGUAUCCGUACACAGCUUAGUUAUGAUGAAAAUGUUCGUAAAACAUUGACUAUUGAAGCAAAAAUGAACAACAACAAUGGCAACUACACACUCAACGCCUAUUUUGAACAUCCGUACUCAAACUUAGCUUUGGAAAUUUUGGCUUUCGCCACUGCACCACAGCAUAGAUACAGUACUGGAGUAGAACUGAAAUAUUUGACUUCCAAACGUAGUCAAAAAAGCUUUAAAUUCUUUGCAGACAUCGACAAGAGGAGACGUGAAAUGAAAAUUGAGGCGAUCACACCCAAGAAUCAACUCGAAAUUUUUGGCUCUGCUGUCAGGGAUAACCAAUUCGAAGUGACUUUGAAAAAAAUGGAAAAUGGUAUGAAAGACAGGCAAGUUACAGCAACAAUCAGCCACGAUGCCAAGAGUUGGUUCUUUGAAUCGAGCUACGACCUAGACGAUCCUAAGAAGCAGCUCCGCAUGAGAGCAGAAAUGAUGAAUAGGAAGUUAAUGGCGAAGGUAAUUAGAGUCAUGGGACAACAGGUUAACAAAGAUGGAAGGAUGAGCAUUGAGUUAAAGCCCUCAAGUAUUUUGCUUGCCCAGAUUUUCUGGAACCCAGACACUGUCAAUGAACUAAACGAUUAUUGUUAUGCCAUGUUGCAGCACUACGGCAACGAGAUGAAGUUAUUAGGAGACAGAAUUGGUGAAUUCCUGUCUAAGGAGAUAUCAACAAAAGGUAAACUGAUGAAGGAAUCCUUCAAUGAACCCCUGGAUACAAUAACCAAUUUCAUGUCUUCGGAGUAUGACCAUUUCUCAAACGAGGUUGCCAACCAUGCCAGGAGAAUCGGUGAAUUUUAUGAAAGAAAUUCUUUCUAUAUAAAGUCUGCCUUGGAUCUUUGGGACUCAAUGUGGGUCAGUUUCCAAAGAGAGAUCGAGAACUUAUGGAGAUAUGUUGAAAACUUCAACAUGAGAAUGAUGGACAAAUUGGAUGAAGCCAAGAUGCACAUGGAGUAUUAUUACAUGUACUUUCAACGACAGUACCUGAUUUACAAAGCGAAGAUGUCAAGGAAAAUUGAUGAAAUGUUUCACUACAUGCAAGAACAGUACAACAGUGCUCUUCAACAUUUGCAUUAUCUGCGACAAGAAAUCCAAAUGUACAUCAACAAGUUCCCGGCCAUUGUUAAACGUGAGUAAGACAAUCGUUUUCUAAUAUAUAUUGCU